AAGUACAAAGUACAAUGAUAAAUCUAGUAUUCUAGUAUCAAAGUACCUGCACUGUGUUCAGCAGACAUUUGACACAGACGUGAGCCUAUUACCACAUUGGUUUGACCAGAAAAUAGUUUCCUGUUCUUUGCAGCUGUUCAAGGAAAAUGCACUUCCUUUGCAGCAGAUAAAUGUAUAAGAGCAACCUCCACAAUCACGUACAAAGACAGUCUGCAAUCUCAGUUGUCAGCAGAACCAUCCUGCAACAGAAACCUACUUCACUGCCUUCACAUCAGUGGUUUGUUCUCUGCUGUAGUCAGCCAUGCUGGAAGCCUUAACUCUGGCCUCCCUUAUCCUCUUGGUGUGGGCAUCAGACCUCUGCCCCCCAGCCUGCCAAUGUCUGCACAACCUGACCUCAAUUACAUGUCAGGAGAAAGGAUUGGACCUGAUCCCCGAACUGCCCGAGGACGCUGAGAAGUUGUAUAUCUCAUACAACAAGAUACAGGAAAUACCCAGGCGUGGGUUGGAGAAGCUGCGGGACUUGGACCUGACUAAGAAUGAGCUGAAUGUCUUCCUAUCACACAACCCAGUUUGGCCCAGUAUGAUGAAGUUGUCCAAGCUCUUUCUACGUGACAAUGGCCUGAAGUCUCUACACCCUGAUCAGUUCCUAAACUGCACUGCUCUCACCUUACUAGACCUGAGUGAGAACCUGCUUGAAUAUCUACCAACCGGAUUCCUCCAUGGAUUAGCUAAUCUGAAGAUACUGAUUAUGAACUUUAACCAGAUUAGAAUGUUACAGGUUGGUGGACUGGAAGGAGCCUUUGCCCUUGCCAACCUCCACCUCAGCCACAAUAACAUAACAAAGAUAGAGGAAGGUGUUUUCAAGAACUCCACUACGCUAAAGAUACUUGUUCUGUCACAUAACAGAAUCAGGAGUGUGGAUGAGGCUAGUUUCAGAGGAGCAACAAAUCUCCAACACCUUGACCUGAGUGGUAACCUGCUGAUCACUGUCCCCACUGAGGCACUGAGGGAUGUAAAGAGGCUCGAGCUUCUGAAUCUACAGACUAACAACCUCAGCAGCCUUCCAGUGGACUGUUUCUCUUCACUUAGCCUGCUGGAUAAUCUGGACCUGAGCAACAACAAGUUGACCACUGUGUCUGAGGGAUCACUGAGAGGUUUGACCAUGCUGAGUGAACUGGACCUCAGUGUCAACCUCAUAGAUUCUCUUCCCUCAAAAGUCUUCAGCGACCUCAUCAGCCUUCAGUCACUUGAUUUGUACAGGAACAGACUGACUUCUCUUCCUCUAGACAUAUUCAGUAACUUGACCAAUCUGCAAAAUCUUCAGCUGGACAGUAAUCAGAUCUCUGACCUUCCAGAUGGAGUAUUUGAUUCGCUGUCCAGACUCAAUGAGCUACAGCUGUCGUACAACCGCAUCCUGGAGCUCCAUCCUGCUCUGUUCACCAAGCUCAAGUCACUACAGAACCUGUACUUGGAGCACAAUGCUCUGAGCCACCUUCCCAAAGGACUUUUCCACAGGAUGAAUCACCUCAGGGAGGUAGACCUCAAUGACAACCAUAUCAGCUCUCUACACCACUCAGUCUUCCAUGGUUUGGUGAGAGUACUUUCACUGAGGCUCUCCAAUAACCACCUCUCUUCCUUACACUCAGAUCAAUUCAGAGACCUUAUUGAUUUAAAAAAAUUAAACCUAGAUGGAAACUAUAUAAGUAAACUUCCUACAAGCCUGUUCAUGAAUCUAACAAUUCUUACAACACUGGAUCUGAACAACAAUCAUCUCUCAGAGCUGUCUCCUGAUGACUUUGUAGGGUUAACCCACCUUAAAGAGCUCAGGCUGAACUUCAAUCAGCUCCAUGACAUCCCUUUCAACACCUUCCAUCACCUCCACAACCUCCGCAGGCUUCUGUUACAGAACAACAACCUGAGUAGUUUGCAUCCUCAGCUCUUUGCCCGGCUUUUGAAGCUAACAGAGCUAAACUUGGGUGAAAACAAGCUGGAUCACCUGCAGCCCGAUGUUUUUCAAGGACUUAGAAACCUCCAUAAAUUGAGUUUGAAGUCCAACAAGCUCAGAGCUAUGGAGAAUAGGGUUUUAGAGCCUUUGAAAAAGCUUAAAGCUGUAGAUCUGUCAGAUAAUUUGUGGGAAUGCACCUCUGUACGCAUUCUCUACAUCAGCUGCUGGGUCAACAUGCACAGAGACAAGCUAGUAGAUCAGCCUAUCUGCUUCUCCUAUUCGCCAUCAGACUCUGUUUCUGAGGAUAAAGUGCUCCUAGACCCAGCAAUGCCUCCCCUGUUACAAGAUUAUUGCAUUUCAAAUGCUACAAACUCAUCAUCUUUGUUUCUACUAGAAAUAUUCAAUCUGCUCAUGAUGUUUUUCAUAGCCAUCAGCCCAUCAUGACAUCCUUUGGUUUGUGGUUUCAUUCUCUGUAACUGUUUUUUCUCCUUUCUUUGCGUUUCAUGAUUGCUCUUGGUUUUAAAAUAUUUGUCUCUGAAUCUAGUACACUGUAAGUUUGAAUAUCAAUAGAUGCAUUGAUGUGUUCAUAAAUGCUGUCAAAACUGGCUUGAUGACAGGGGAGUAGUUUGUGAACUGUUGAGUGUGCUUGUGUGUGCAUCCAGUCGUGUCAAUAUACCAGUCAAAAGGAGAGAGAUUUUACCCUUUUUAAGUGUCUUACAACACAUUAUUAAAGUCAAUGAAAGAAAAAUAAAACCCCACAAAAUUUGAAUUUCAGUGUUUAUCAUU